GUCAUGGGGACAGAUGAUCGUUUUCCACAGAAUUCUCAUUUGGGUAAACCACCCACCCCCGUCAGGGAGUUGUGCAUGGGUAAACGAGGCAAAGAUUGAUGGCAUGAGUGUAUGGACACCAGACAAUAUUCAGGCGAAAAAACACGCAUAACAAGGAAGUAAUCACCCGGGUGGCCACAUGGGCUCUAUAUGUCACUCGUGCUCCUCGCUUCAUCUAAAGGAAAUCAUCCUUCUGAAUAUUUGAUUUCCGUUGAGGACAAGACAAAACUGAUUCGAUUCUCCAAACUGUGUUCCCUGAGGGUAGGAUUGCCCUCCCCCUCUUUCCCUGGCGGUUCCGAUGAUGCGGGAUUUCUAUUGGGCUCCAACCUCGCCUCCUCCACCCCUGUUACGGAAGUUAUUUGAGGCUGUGAAUGGCGCAGACGGACGUGCCUCUCUCUGCUGUCGUCUUGCGGUGCGUUCUAAUUCAACACCGUCUGUUGGAACAGCUGCACGGCAGGAAUAGGAUCAUUCGCCACUGACGCCCAGAUUGCUCACGGCUUAGACCUGUCAAGGUUUGCCUGAUUUGCGUCCGAGGGGUAGAAAAAGAUCGCUUUGUUCGAUAAUUCGAGCUCGUUGGGUCGGGGCUGGUCCAUUUUGGAGAGGAAAAGUAGAAAAUCGGUACCAGCUUGCAAGGCUCUUCCGUCGAUUUGGAGGGUUAUAAGAAAGCGAUGGGGUGCACGGGUUGAAUACGCUAUCGACACCCGUACGUGAGUAAGAGAAGCCGCCGAAGAAACUGUCCGUGUCGCGGUGUUCGGGCUUCAUACCGAACAGAACACUGACUUGACUCCCCGGAACGUUCCAAUAUUGUCACUGGCUGAAGAGUAUUGUGAAUGAAGGAUUGGGGCUCACGGUUUACCUACCACGAAGAGAGAAGGGGGCAACGCAUCACUGGUGAUGUCCUGGAUAUAUCCACAUAGCCGAGUCUCGGCUUCGAUUUUUCGACGUUCUGCGGCGGAGGCUUUGUGUUUGGAGGGAUCAAAGUCCCGUCGGUAACGGGGAGGUCAUCGUCUGUGCCGCCGGGCGGAACCACGAGGAGGCCCGCUGUAUCGUCAUUAAUUCAGCGGCGGAGGGAAAAGGGCAGCCGCGAGACCGAGAUUUACAGAAUACAGUCGUCAGUCAGAUGCAGGUCCCAAUGAGACCACCCGAAUCUUCUGGCCACAGUGGGUGAUUGAGAAUUGUAGUAGUCGCUGAAGGAUUAAAAAGGGGCUGAUUGGAUUAUCUGGCGCAGGCAGGCAGGAUGAGGAAACAGUGUGAGAGCGGCAGGUACGACACCACCAUCGAGAUAAAGACGCUGAACGGUUCGAGGCAGCUGCCGCCCAAGCUGUCCGACGGCACGCUGAGAACUGGGUCCCUACCAGGGUCCUUCGGCAGGAAGGAUCGGAGGUCCAGGACAUACUACAGAUCACACUGGGAAUCGGAUGACGCAUUAGGUCCACCCACACCUCUAACAUGUCUGCAGGUUGCAGAACCCAGCAGUAUGAAGGGGUCCACCAUCACCCUGGAGAAGAAAAAAGAGAGGAAGCCUCAGAGGCCGUCUUCCAAAACACAGUGCCGAAUCAUGUGUUCCAUUCUCACCUGGGUGGCGUUAAUUGGGCUACUAGGGUUCACAGUGUGGCUUUAUGUCAAACUCGACCGACUUCGUUCGGAGAAGGAUAGACUUCAGACGACAGUGGACGGGGACACGGACACUCUGGUGACUCUGAAGCUGAGAACCGAAACUCUUACCGAUCAGAGAAAGUCCCUGGAAGCACGUCUGCGUGAUGGUAUAUGUGACAUCGAGAUAUUACAAAACGUCACCCAACAGUUGAAGAAUAAGUUAGAUGUGGUGUCCCGGCAACUCAUCGAUAGGGAUCAACGGUUACGGACGGUGGAGGAUAGGCUUAGCUCUCUACAAGGUUGCGAUGAUUGCCUCCUUCGAGACUGUUCCGAUGUCAGAGCCCAGAACAGCUUAAACGGCGUGUAUCCCGUGUGGCCGAAGAACUUUACAAACGCGUUUUAUGUGUUUUGUGAUAUGACCACUUCUGGUGGUGGCUGGACAGUCAUUCAACAACGGUUAGACGGCUCCGUGGACUUCUUCAGGAAUUGGACGGAAUACAAGACCGGAUUUGGCGACCUCAACGGCGAAUUCUGGAUUGGAAACGAUAACCUGUACCUCCUGACAAGCCAAAAUGACUACAAGUUGCGCGUGGACCUGGAAGAUUGGGAGGGCAACAAGGUUUACGCUGAAUACAGCUCAUUUACAGUCAGCUCGGAAGACGAUAACUACAGGUUAAGACUCGGAUCGUACUCUGGAAAUGCUGGGGAUUCUAUGACGGCCUUGAACUCCACACAGGAGAUGAAUCUGACUGACGCGCAGUUCAGUACAAAGGACAGGGACAAUGAAAGCAGCUCCAAAAACUGCGCAUUUUUAUUCAAAGGGGGAUGGUGGUACAAUGACUGCUUUCAGGCCAACCUGAACGGUAAAUACUACCGACAAAGUAACUAUAACUCAAAUGUUCCAGACGGCAUCAUUUGGUGGUCUUUGAAGAAGAGUUACAACUACUCUUUGAAGCGAGUGUCUAUGAAAAUACGACCAAUGAUUUUUAUUCCCUAAAGUAUAUAUAAGAGCUACAAAUAACUUGCGAGAGCGUAUUUGCUUUGUGAUAUCGUUUUUCAGACCAGGAGGGACUGUUGCGGAGACAAUUUUAUGGAUGACUUUUCUAUAGAUCUAUACGGACUCUACACGUUAGUGUUGGUAGUUUCUAGUAACGUGAUUUACGUCAUAUCAUUACGGCACACCUCCUACAGAGUAUGGUAUGGCACGUCAAGUAGUUUGGGUUCCGCUUUUCUGUUUUUAUGGCAAAGUUGUGGACUUAUUCUGGAUUGGUACUGUAAAAGGCAUGAUCAGCGUUGCCUGAAGUGUUAUGGACGCGAUUAUCGACGCAAGGCAACUGCAGUGGAAUCGAAGUGUGGAGCAUUUAGAUACAGGAGUAGGACAACAACACAAAACAAGAUGGCGGCUAUGGGGUACCUCGUGGUCACGUGACCUGAUACGUAGUAGGUCACGUGACCAAUGGAGUUCACAGACUCGGUAUGGGCGGUAGUUACAUACGGAGGACAAAUGGUGGUAAGUUUCUCCUGUCAAAGGUGGUCCCCUACGGUUCUGAUUGGUCGUCCGGCAGCCCACCACCGGGGAACCUGCUUUAAUUCCCCUUUCAAACCCCACUGCUGAGAUGAAAGCCCUCAUCGAUUUUCUAUCACAAUCAUCAAUUAGACGUAUUGAUUUCUCACCGAAGUUUGACGGAGGUAUCAGGAACACCCCUUGCGGCGAUAAGCCACUUUAAAACUUGCAAACUAUGUGAAACGUUGGAAGAACAAAAGGCCCUAGGGUUCUAUUAAUAACCAGGCAGAGAGAUCAGAGGACGUUUCAUUUCUUGUCGAACAAUGCAUGGUUUUGAGGCAUGUCUCUGUAACUUUACGGUCUGAGUUUGCACGAGCUUUUGUUGUAUUAUGCUGGACCUUGUUUCAUAGUGCGUACACAAGAACAGAGAUAUCAGUGCACUUGAUUGAGUGAGUUUGCUAUUUUACUAAGAUACCGAAUGACAAUUGGUAUUACGUUGUCAACACAAAAUGUCAGCCUUCUGAACUUUUUAAUUCCUGCACCACAUGGGUUAUAGCUUGUUGCAAUAUCGCCAAAUCUACAUAACCGUAGAUGGUUUUAUGUAUUUUUUGCUACAUGUCGUUUCCGUAGAGCAACCAUGUGGUAUCUUAAAACCAUGCAACCCCCAUUUGACGGCCUCUUGUUUAAUUUCCUUGCCUUUCUUGCACGCUCCAUGUAGGCAAAACUCUUGGGGUGUAAUUAUCUUGAGAUAAGGUCUCAUUUAGCACGCCAAUAAUGCCAGUUAACUCUCAGACUGUACCAGCUAGCCCCAAAAGAAAGACCUGAAUAGAUUUAGUCCCAGUCAAAACGUACAGGCACCACAUAUGUAUGGUAAUCGAUUGCGAUAAUCAGUUACUUCAAUUACCAGUAGCUUCGAAGAUCCCAACAAGGCUGUUGAUUAUAAGCUGCUAUGAAUUGCUUAGAUUCUUGUAGAAUCUGCUCGACUACCUUAUAACUGUUGAGUUUUUAUACAUUUAAAUACUUUAAUAUCAGUCAAGAGUAUUGAAUGGAUUAGAAAAUGUCUUUAAUUUGCAUUGAUCCGAUAUCCGAUGUUUUUUUAACUUUGCCAUUUAGCCGCAAGGGGGAGUCGAAUGAGCUUAAACUUAGGAUUUCCAAAAUCCACCUCUGGAAUGGAAAAUGUACCUUGAUUCUCGAAAUCGGUUGGGGAUGUAAAUCUAAAACAAAGGAAUCGUCCUCUGAUUCACUGAAAAGUCACAAUAAAAAGAAAGCAGAGAAACAUCCCUUGUUUUUAGUUUAAAGACGAUGUAGCUUUGUAGUUCUGAAAGGGAUAUGAUAUCACUUUAAGGAAAUUGAGUCAAAGGAGAGCUACUGUUAUCAAUCCAUAGAAUAUUAUUAUAGCCUAUGUCUGCAGAGCUAAAACAUGGUUGGGAGGACGACUUGCUGCUUUUAUACCUCUGUAUAUCCCCGUGUGAGGGGAUACACACAGCAUCUGUUACAUACCCCUGAAUAGGACGUGCCUUUCUUACCUUAUGUCGUUGGGUUGGCAUACAUGUAUAUGAGCACGUUUGAAAAGCGAUACGUCGGGAUUUCUAACAUGUACAGAAGACACGAUAUGUUUGACGAUUUGUUGUAAAUAUCACAACUGCAAUUGGUUUGUAUAGAUGCAGUUGUUCUUGACACCAGCCAGACUAAGUUGGUUGGACAGCCGUGGUCAAUGAGCGUUCGUUCAUCAUUGUACUUGUGCGACCAUUUGUACAAUUCCAUGUAUCCAUUGUGCCAUACCAAAUGACUGAUAUAGACAUUACGAGAUUUAUUGGAUAGUUAUUACAACAUUGUU